CCCCGGCUUUUGUGUUGUGAAAAAAAAUGGCGACGGGUUAGAGAACAGAAAAAUAUGUCGGAAUCAUUACAACUCUAUCGCGAUUUCCCCCUUUUUCUACUGAUCAGGGUUCUCCAUUAACGAUCUGCUACGAUGUGAUUAUUACGAAACAUUUAUUUUUUUAAUGGGGAAAUCAUUCAAUAACUAAAACCAUGGGGUUAUUCCAUAGAAGAAAGUGUCGGAUUGUCUUGUGUGUGUUGACCUUUUCAGCAAUAUUUUGCGAAUAUGUUCAGGCAAUACCAAGUUUCACAGAAUUCACAUUCCUAAUAGAACCGAGCGACCUGGUGGUGUCCAGGGGUGAAGCUGCCACGCUCCACUGCACUGCCCAAUCAGACUCUACGUCACACAAGGUCACAUGGAUCAAGGACGGCCAACCAUUGGAUCUUGAUGCUAACAAGAAUGUUUGGUCCAAUGGGUCACUACAUAUCACUGAUGUUCAGAACUCAGACAGAGGGUUGUAUCAGUGUAUGUCCAGUCUACCUAACCUGGGGACGAUAGUCAGCAGGACGGCUAGUCUGAGAACAGCAUAUCUUUCUAGAAACUUCCUCAUCCAGCCUCAGGAUCUUACCAUCUAUCUUCAGGAUGUUGCCAUGUUUCAGUGCCGUGGUGACGGUCUACCUGCACCGAACGUCACGUGGUACAAAGACAACAACGUGUUACGAGAUGUCAAAUCUAACAUCCGGAUUUAUCAGGACGGGGUACUAGAGAUCAAUCCCGUGGAGUUCGCGGACUUUGGAACGUAUUACUGUCAGGCGGAGAAUAUUGAGAGAGGAAGAAGUAGUCGUCUGGCAAAACUGGAACAGAACGGCAAUAUAGAAUCUCUGAAGGAGGGCAUGGCCCCGUCCUUUGUUAUCACACCUAUGGAUACUAAGAUACAGGAGGGGUCCUCCACCGUCCUGUUCUGCGGGGCUAAUGGGAGGGACCACCUCGGGAAGCAGCCAGUCAUCACAUGGCUUAAGGAUGGACUGACAAUAGAUUUCACAUUGACACAGGGCAGACUUCAGAUGACGGGAGCAGGCAGUCUUCAGAUCUUCAAUGUCCAGAAAUCAGAUGCAGGGACGUACUCAUGUCGGCCAAGCAACAUGGAGGACUCCAUAGACUCAGAAGCUACUCUUACUGUCCUAGUUCCACCCAAGUUUUUGGUAAAACCCAAAAGUCGUAUGGCGGAAGAGAAGACUGAUACCUUUUUUCGUUGUGAAUUGGACGGUUCUCCAACCCCUGGAAUCUACUGGACAAAAGACGGCAGUGCCAUAGUAACAACUGAUUAUGUCAUAGAGGACAGGAACGAGCUGAGAAUUCUGGGAUUGGUUCCGACUGAUGCUGGGUUUUAUCAGUGUCAUGGAAACAAUGAGCUUGGGAGUAUACAAGCUAUAGCUCAGCUCAUUGUGUUACCUAAUGGCCCUGUUUCCUCGACAGCUAGCUAUCAGUACUUAGAUCCUUACUCCAGUAAUGGAGCUAAUCUACCCAAGGAGCCGUCAGAUCUGUCAGCAGCCAUCAUAUCCAAACGCUUCAUCACGCUUCGAUGGACCCAGCCGAGUAAUCGAGAAGUGACAGGGUACUCUGUCUUCUGGAAAGAACAGGGGUCAACAAGAGAACGAAUGUUGAACACAACUCACACAGAGGCCAACAUCCCGCGACUAAAGCCAGACACGAACUAUGAGUUCCGAGUAAGAGCUGUAAACAGCUACGGAUUCAGCAGUAAUUUUGCACGUACUACAGUACGCACUGAUAAAGAUGUUGCUGUUCCCAGCCCUGCAGUUGAUGUACUGGCCAUCCCCCAGUCUCCCCAUUCUAUCCUCGUGUCCUGGAAUCCUCCCCGCCAACCCAAGGGACAAAUCACCAAGUACCUCCUCAUCUUCUCCGAGGCCGACAGCUCACAUACGAGUCAGAUCGAGGUCACGGACACAAAGAAGCUGUUGAGAGGGUUGAUGGCGUUUAGAGAGUACACGUUCCACAUUGUUGCUGUCAAUGAGAAUGGUGAGGGCAUGAGCACCAGGGAAAUCUCCGCCAAAACUUUUUCAGACAAACCAUCGGAACCCCCACAAAAUGCCACUUUGGAAACUGCAAGUUCCACAUCACUGAUUGUAAGAUGGGAUCCUCCCCCACCGGAUCAUCAAAACGGAAUCAUAACGGGGUACAAAAUCCGCUACAAAACACGAGGGGCAUCCAGGAACGGUGCUACUUUUACCACUGAUGGAAACAGACGAUUGUACGCUCUGACUAACCUAGAAAAAGAUACAGAAUACCAGGUGCGGAUCUCAGCGCUUACUGUCAACGGGAGUGGACCACUGACCCAGAAACUCUGGGCCACCACUUAUAAAGAUGAUCUGGAUGAGUCCAAAGUACCGGAUGCUCCACGUAGAGUACAUGUGACCUCGGACGACACGUCCAUACGUGUUUCCUGGUCCACCCCUCCCCCCGAGUCUAAGAUAAUGGUCCGGGGGUACAUUCUUGGGUGGGGGAAGGGCGUGCCAGACACAGAAAAGAAACAUUUUGGGCCAGAAACUCAUGUCUUCACCAUCAGAAAUCUGUUGCCUUCAUCAGAGUAUGUCAUAACUGUCAAAGCCAAGAACAACCAAGGAGAAGGACCACCACGAUACACCACAGCCACCACCACCAAGGAGUCAGUGCAUGAGUCCGUUCUUCCUCUGAUGCCACCCGUGGGCCUGAAGACACUCGUUUUAUCUUCCACGACAAUCGUCCUAAUGUGGAGUGAUACCACACUGGAUGUCAAUCAAAUGGUGCAGGACAACCGCUACUAUACCGUGAGGUACCGCGUCGCCACCAACGUGGAGAGUGAAAACAGCAGAUACUGGUACCAGAAUUCUACAGACCUGAAUGAACACAUAGACAGUCUGAGGCCUAAUACCAGGUACGAGUUUGAUGUCAUGGUCAUCAAAGGUCGUCGCCAAAGUCCAUGGAGUAUGAAAGAAACCAACAAGACGCAAGAAGCAGCCCCAGGCUCUCCCCCUCUAGAUCUGACCCCGGUCCCCAAGGAAAACGACCCCAGAGCAGUCAUCAUGAACUGGCAGCCCCCAGCCAAACCCAAUGGACAGAUUACAGGUUACUUGGUUUUCUACACGACUGAUCCUAAACAAGAAUUACGUGAGUGGGUGGUGGACGGCAUCCUGGAAGGGGACGAAUUGUCAGCGACGAUAAAACGACUGACACCGUCAACGACAUAUUACUUUAAAGUCCAGGCACGUAACAGUAAAGGGUAUGGACCAUUGUCUGAAACAGUGAUCUACAAAACUCCUAAAGCGGACGGCAGUGGUGGCGGUCAGAUAAACCCCGAAUACCCCCAACAGAUAGAUGGGAAAAUCCCACCACAUAAUAGUAUACCACAGUCUCCCAAACCAGAAGACAGCGUAAAUAGUGACGGACGAAGGGGUGGUAACUCUGAAGGCGGGCUGCCAACGGGAAUCAUGAACAUUAUCAUCGCGUCAGUAGUCGGGGCAACCUUCUGUAUCAUCAUCAUCGUAGUGGCCGUCAUCUACUGCAAGAGACGUGACAACGAACAGAGACUGAAACGACAAGCACAACAGAAUCAACAGUCUCCACUAAAGGGUAAAGGUCAAGGUCGUGACCUUAAACCCCCUGACCUCUGGAUCCAUGACAACAUGGAGAUGAAGAACAUUGAUAAAGGUCAGAGGAGUGAGUCAACAUUAACAAUGAGCACGACUCGGCGGAGUUCUAAUGACUACAGAUCGAUGGAUGACCUUCCACCUUACCAUGAAGAGAGAAAUGAGAUGUAUUACCAUCCUCCUUCUGAUCAUGAAGAGCGGGAGAGGUUCCUGCCCCCCAGACAACCCAAUCCUGGGAUAAUCCGACCCAAAGCUACCAAACCUCUCAUGAUUUCUGUUGAUGCUCAGCCACCACCCAGGGAACCUAUAGCCAUGGUGACAGCUCUACCUAACGGAGCAUUAAACAUGGAUCGCGGAGAGCCAGGGAUGUUAUCGCGGCCGGGAUUCCCCCGUACACAGUACAACAUGCAGUAUACGAGUGGGGGACCGAGGGUCAAUGCAGGGGAUUUACCUCAGCCUCCACCAAGCCAGAAGCCCCCUGACUGUCAUUCCCUGGGUCAAGGUCAGCCUAUGGCUGUCAUAGCACCCGGACAACAUGAGUUUGACGGUUACCGAAGUCUUCCCAGAGGAAAUCGACCAAUGAGAAGCUUUACGUCCCCGAAUCCCCAUAAUUACCCCAAACCAUUGUCCGGGGUUCAUCACCAUAGCACCCCUAAACAUCAGAUAGUAAAACCACAACAAUCUCCCUAUAAGAAGGCAGGGCCACCAUUAUCAGCUGUUCCUGUCAAACCUCGUGCCAUACCUGUCAUUAAACCAAAGGCUCCAGACGUUGUACUGAAGGCGGGGACUGACCCAGACAUUCAGAAAUCAGAGAGUACAGAAGAAUUAUCUGCUGAAAUGGCAAACUUGGAUUGUUUAAUGAAAGACUUAAAUGCCAUUACUCAGCAGAACUUUGAAGUGUAGCAUUGUUAUAAGGUUAAUUGUAGUCUAGUGUUAUAAACCAGAAAAUACUGAAGUCCCAGAGGACAAAACAUUCGGAGCAAAAUCCACACAAUUCUGGGGAAGUUUUCUCUAGAUUUCUUGGAUGAGUGUCAUCCUUAUACAACGUUAUGCUCCAGUUUGGAGAAAGUGAUGUAAAAAGAUUCUUUGUACAUCUUUUUUGAACAAGUUUUGAUGCUUCACUUGGAGCAAUUCAACGACAUCAAAAUGGAAUGGAAAAAGUCAGUUAAUUCAGCAAUCAAAUUGUAUUGAAAAGGAACUUAAUCAAGCAUUUUUGCUUGAUGAGAAAAAGUUAAUUUUGAAACUAAGGA